GAAAAAGAGAAAUGAGGCGCAUGAGGCUGGGGCACACCAGUGCGUUUGGUUUUGCUCACUCUCGUAAUUGGCUUACUAAAACCCUAAAACAACAAACCAUCCGCCAUAGUCCAAAUACAACACACCAUCACCCCAACCUAUCUUAGAACAUUUCACUGACGUUUGUAAGCUGGAUCAUCUUCAAAAUUAUAUUGGAUUGAAAAGGAUCAGUUAUUUGAUUGCCGAGUUCAAUGGAGCCGUGGGUUUCACUUGCAUCUUCAAUCCCGACUUCAUCUACAAAGAAGCGGAUUCGGAUCUUUCGCAACGAGAUUCCUUCUAUCUUACUUAAUUCAGAGAUGUCAUCAGAUUCAGCAUCACAACUGGUGGAUUUAAUAUUCACGACAUUGUAUAUUUAUGAUGACCGAGGGUCAAGGAAAGCCGUGGAUGAUUUAAUCAUAAAAUCUUUAAGUGAGGUUGUAUUUAUGAAAACAUUUGCAGCAGCUCUUGUGCAAGUCAUGGAUAAACAGUUGAAGGUUCAGUCUCAUGUUGGCUGCUCUAGACUUAUGAGCUGGUCAUGCAUCCUUCUUUGUAAAACUCAGUUUAUCUCCGCAUCAAAGAAUGCAUUUAGCAGAGUUUCAGCAGCACAAGCCUCACUUCUUCAAAUUAGCAUACAAGGGUCUUCUCAUGAACGCAGGGCUUGCAAAAAAGCUUUUAUUCAUUCCUUUUUAGAGUCGCCUGAUAUUUUCAAUUUGUACAUGGAGGAACUAAAAGGUGGAAGAAUCUCAUAUAAAAAUUGUCCAGAGAUGCUAUGUGUAAUGUUGGAUUUUUCAACUUCAAAACCAUCACUGUUUGAUCAAUGGAAGCCAGUGUAUCUUGAUAUGUAUGUGCAAUCAAUGCUAAAAAGGAACCCUGAGCUUGUUUUGGAAUCCAUUGGGGUUCUUUUGAGACAUGUUAACCUGGAUUUGAGUAAGUAUGCUGUUGAGAUUCUGUCAGUGGUAUUAUCACAAGCUCGCCAUGCUGAUGAAGGAAGAAGAGUUGCUGCAUUGGAUAUUGUCAAAUGUUUAAGUCAAAAGUCAAGUAAUCCUGAUGCUGCUGAGUCAAUGUUUGGUUCUGUGAAAUCUAUAAUUGGAGGGGUCUGA